CAGCCAGCAACCAGCGCGUCUCUGCCUACCAAUAGGCAUGCUCGGCUCAGGCUCUGUGCAGUGCUCAGUCUCAGCAGCUAAAGCUGGGCGCAGGGGAACUGCGACGGCCGCGCCAAGCAUCUUCCCAGUGAUGGCCUCUGCUGAGCAACCGUGCCCCAGCUUCCACCAGCAGCACUGCGCAUAAGGCAACACACCCACCUUUGCCCUCCUGCCCAGAAGUGAGAGAGACACCACCAUGUACAGUGUGGAGGACCUCCUCAUUUCGCACGGAUAUAAAUUGCCCAAGAGCGACCCUCCGUCUGCCACGCCUUAUGACAAGCGCCCUGCUGAUUGCCAGCGUGAACUUGUGGACAACAGGGCUGGCCGUGGGACACUGAACGGGUAUGAGGCAGACCGGGGGGCAUCUAUCACAGGCAUCUAUGGCAGCAGGCAGGCACUGGUGAAGGGCUACCCCACCACAGACAACGAGAGCGGGGAAAGGAUCCUAAGGAGAAAAGAAGUCGGCAUCGGCAUCGGCAUCGGUAUCCUAGGUGACGCUCAGCCCUUGGGUGAUUCUCUUGCCACAGAUAGUGGGUUCUACGAUGUUCCCAGUUUGACUUAUUCCGAGCCGCUGAGCCAUGACGAUAGGGAUGUUUCCUACUGGCGGAGGCGAGGCCAGGACUUCAGCAUCCUCCUGGACUAUGCUGAUGGCAGGGAGCUGAGAGCCUCUGCAGGCGCAUGGAGGCCACAGGCCCUGAUUACAGCAGAGGAACACAGAGCAGAGAGACAAGCGCAGCAGCUAUGGGAGGACAUUUCCUGGCUAAGGGACCUGGAUGCUGCCCCUGGUCAGCUAAGGGUGACUGGGGAGAGGAAGUGCCAGAGCCUUGGUACAGAGGAGUGGAGGCCUGCUGUGGGCCUGGGGAGGCAGCUGUCAGAUGGGGAUGGGGAAAGGUGGGCUCAGGAUCACUAUCGCCUGAGGACACCUGAGGGUUUUUUUCACCCUAGAACUAAAGCAAAGUCUCAGUCUCUCCCCAGGGUUUUGUCACCUGAUGGAACUGCAAGCCGAGAGCUCAUUCCAUCCAGGCCAAGCCUACCUGAUAGACAGAGGAUAAGCAGCACUGUCUUCUCUGGGCCCUAUAGUAGGUAUAUCUACAGUGGUGCUGUUGUCAGGGACCGGUGGGGUAGGAAUGCAGGGCCAAGCAGCCAUGUUGCACUUUUACCAAAGCCCAGGUUCAGCAGGCCUUUAAAGCCUCCGUCAUAUGAGAUUCACCAGCAGACUAGGGGUAGCGCAGAAAUGCUUGCUAUAGAGCAGGGUGCCAAACAAAAAGAAAGGCCUAUCUACUAUCCAAGGGGUGGGGACCUGAGACAAGACUAUUUCGCACAACACUCUGCCAUCUCUGGAAUGGAGCCCCCUGGCUACAUCCCACCCCCAUCUUAUAGAAGAGGCCCACCCCCAAGAUCAGUUUCAAUCAACCGCAAUGAAAUGGCGAACAUAAGAUGGAGGGCGGAAGCUCUGCAGAUGCCCCACUCAGAUCCUGGAAGGUGGUUUUACAGACAGGCAGGUUCAUGGCUGGAACAUUAUGGAGAUCGUGCUGCAUCCUAUCGAAAACAGGUACAUUCCGGACAUGAAGAACAACCAGGUCAUGCCCGUCAAUUACCAACUGAAGACCCAAGAGUGAAGCAAAUCUCAGGAGGGCCAAGCGGAAGUUCUCUCACUGACUCAGACAAGAUCCGUAACAUCAACAAAGAGAUUCCGUCCACUAAGAUUUUAGGACAAUCUACACAUGAUAGUGCCUUUCCUCCCCCACAGGGAUCAGCUCUUAAUACUGACGGCCGCAAAACAGCUCCCAAUGACAACGACAGCAGUAAUCGAUGGUCUAACAGGGGAUUAAACAAAAAAAGUGACAGUGUAGGUCCUGAACAAAACCGUAGUCAGUUUUUUCCUUCAUCUAUUCUAGGUAAACCACCACCUCCCCCAUGCAAGCCGGCUGACCAGGGUGUCUCUGAAACUGUGACGGAACAAAAAAAGGUGGAACAACCUGAACCACCAGAGAAAGACAAAUCCAAGAAUCUAAAAAAGAGACUUAGUGAGACAAUUUUUUGUUUGGUGUCUGUCCCUGUUACUCCGCAGCUCACUGGUACAAUCCGUGAUCAGAAUAACAACAACGAGAAGUCACCAGACCCAGCGGACAGUCCUAGUGACAACAAAACUGGCCAUUUAACAAACCAAAGUCUCCAAAGCACAUCUUCAGCUGAAGCUGAGCUGCAAGCACUAACUGGUAGCAUAGCGAGCAGCAAAACAAGUAGUAGAGCGAGCAGUAAAAUGUUUAAAAGAGUACCCUGUAGACCCCCUAAGAUAAACCAUUACAAGGAGAUGAAACUGUCAGGAACCUGGCCUGCAAACCAGUAUCGAGACCAGGAGACACAAACUAGCCCAGAGGCCCAAAAACCUGCCUCUGAAAACAAGGAAGCACAACAAGACCCUGUCCCUCCCGGCACUGAAGUUCCUCCUGAUAGCAGCGGUGUAGUGGGCACUGCCUUCAGUUUUCCUAUAAAGGGAGUAAAGAGCCUGAAACUGUCAAGCAACAGCGCCUUCUCCCUGACCGCCACCUUCUCCAACCAGCUGAACAAGAGCACAGCUCAGCAGCCAGCAGUACCACCCUCAGGAAAUGUGGAGGAGACCAAACCAGCAGCAAAUAGUGGACAGGAGGCAUUUGAACAGUUCCUGCUGAAACCGGCCAGCCAGCGCCCAUGGGAUGCCGUCAAAGAGCUGGAGACCAUCAAAAAAGAAGUCCAGGAUCAACAGCAGCAGAGCAGCAAACAGCCCAGUGUUGAUAAGUGCAUAGAGGACCUCAAUGAGGCCUACAAAGACAUCUUGGAGCUAGGCACUGCCAGCAAUAAAGUCCCAAAUGGUUCCGUUCAAAUCCCUGAGCGUAUCAAAAUCAGAUUGACAUCAGAACCUCUCAACAAGCCCAGCAGCCUUAGGCGCAGUGCAGUAAGCUGGUCUGUUGACCCAGAAUACAGGGAAGUCAAGAGCGCCUUCUCCAGGCCUGCUACAAAGUCAGUAACCUUCAGCAAGCAGCUUAGGGAGGAGCUCCCUGUCCCACCCCGGGAGACAGGCUUCAGAGAAUACAGGGUUGUUGCGCAUCUUUCGCGCAGACGGAGCAACGAUGGCAGGACAGUGAAACUAGACCUGCCAGAUGAACCUAUUGAGACACCACUUUGUGACUUCAGCCCAACAACGAACCCCGCUGCAGCUGAGGUGCCAUGGGCAGACAGACAACCCAUGCAGGAUGCCUCUACGCUCACUAGUCCUCCUGAUUAUGAGGACAUAUGCCAGACUUUGCGUCACCCUAGAGACCCGGCGGAUGCCAAUAAAGCGUCUUCAAGCAAUUUUAAACCUAAUGACGCAGAUACUCUUCAAGAUCUCAGUGCCGAAUCAGAAGAAGAGUGCCCUAUUUGUAAAAGAGAGCUUGAGAAUCAGAUGAGACAGGGCCCAUUGCCUCCACUUCACGAGGAGAACAGCUCGGACAGCUCGACCAAUCAAAAUGGCAGUCCACCUCAAUGUGCUGCAUUAGAAAGUCCAGCAGAAGAUAUAAAAACAGAGGAGCCGAAUGACUCAAGUUUGAAUCAGUCAGGGACUGACUUGUGCGCUGAAACACAGGAGCAGCAGUCAACGACACAAGAAAAUAUGGAAGAGGGUGAGAAAAAAGACAAUGCUCAGGCAGAAAACUUGGACGAUUUGUGUGCAGUUAAUACAGCUGAGAGAAUACCAGCAAAUGGAGCUACAGAGGACAGCACAUCCACAAUAAUAGCAACUGAUGUGCCAGCAGACCCCCAAGUCACAGAGGAACAGAGUGUUAGUGAAACAGUAACUAAGGAAGCAGAAUUAGGAGAGAAGGAAGCCAUUACAGGAAAAACACCUGAGGGUGGUGCAGACAAACAGACUGCUGAAGUGAAAAGUGAGUGUGAGGGACAAGACGGUACAAUGCCUGAUGACAAGCAGGAGCAAGAAAAGAAGCCAUUUGCUGUUCCAGAGCAUAGACUUGGUCUACGGACUCAUCUGGGGCGAGACCACCCAGGGUUACCAGAGUUUCCACCAGAUAGACUUCCACUUUCGGUUCCCCCAAACCUAGACCGCAGGCUGUCUCUAAGCUUGGAGGGGGAGAGGAGGAGCAAGGGCCCCUCCCACCGAAUGGAAGCACUGCAGACUAAGCUGGCUGUUUCACCAGCAUCAGGAGUACUGACUCCGGGGAGGGGGAGGCAGAUGCAGAUGUAG